UUUUACCAGGAAUGCUCUUUGUUCGUCUGGUUGACCACACUUUAAUUUAUGCUCCAGGAAAUCUCACCUUUGUGCACAGCACUGUCUGGAUAGAAAGCAUGCUUCGAAUCUAUUUCACCCCUCUGAGCAUUGUACACCAUGGACGCCUCUUCAAACACUGCCUGUUUGGCACUUUUCAGCUCAGUUCAGCUUCCCUCUGCAGCCUCGCUGUCCCCUGCAAGCGGUGUGAAGACUAGAAAGGAAGGAUUAGGCCUGGACUGGGCAAAGCAGGUUCACUGGGCUGGGUUUAUAAAACACAGGUUUAGAGAGGCUCAGAUCUACACUUCACCAGUUCCUCCUCCUCUAAUAUGGCCCUGUCACCCAGGUCAGAUACACCAGAAUUCCCAGUCUGGAAUGAAACUCAGGCAUCUCUAUUGCAGACACAGAUCUGGGUACUUGGCAAUUCCAGGAUUAAAAGAAGGAACUUUAGGGCUAGGAUUCAGUACUGGCCUUCCCAGCACUGGGUUUAUUAUAAGCUGGGCAAACACAGGGAAGGCUUAUUGUGGCUGCUUCCAUAUGAUGCUCAUACCAGAGUGACACACUUUUGUCAUCCUCCUCAUUCUGCAAAAAUUUCCCAAAAGUGCUCCCCAGAUGUCCUUGUAACUACUGCCCUGCUUACCUUCUAUUCUUUCCCAAAGAAGGGUCUUCUGCACAGCUCUUGCUACCAAGCUUGCAGAACCUAUGAACCUUUUGAUUCCAGAGGGUCUUUUAUAACCCUCUUAAAAGGGGUAUGGAACAUGACAGAGGAUUUCUGGGUUUGGUAAACAUUGAGUCAGCUGCUUCCGCCUGUCCACUAAACUGAAUGUGUUUUUAAAUCUAGACUGAAUGCAGGGAAUAGCUUUUUGAAGUCUGUGAAGCUUAAGUAACAUGCAGCAGAUUGAAAAGUAACAUUUUGAAGCUCCACUAAAAGAGCAGUGAGUUGAUCACCUAUUGCCCUUCAGUGCACCCUGGCCUAGAUUCAGUGCAGCCAGAAAUGAGCACCUGUAAGGGCAGAGAAAGGGCCAUGAGAAGCCCUCCAGGACUGGCUGGUUGAACGGGAACACGGUCUCCUGAAUAUGCUGCAUUUUGUCCUUUUCUCCAUUUCCUUGUGCUCCUUAAGCAGUCCUCUAAGACCAAGAGCACCAGUAGUGACCGUGGCGAUGGGGCCCCACGUGGCACCUGAGGUGCUGGUGGAGGGUAACCUGUCUCUCCAAUCUGAGGAGCUGCAGUUCCAAUAGGGCAAUAAAACUCUGUUGCUUUUCUUCCCCUCUCUUUGUAUCUUCCCACUGCUUAGCCCAAAAUAAAGGUAGAGAUGCAGGAAGCAUGAGGCAAAACAGGCUAAACAAAGAGCUUUUGGGCCAAAGGAUUAAAAGAGAGUCCUUGGGAAACAGAGGUUUGGGGAAGGUCUCGUAAAAGAAAAAAGUGUCCCUGUGAAGUUGAUCGUGAACUCCUGAGCUCAUCUACAAGUGAGGUAUGCAUGGAUUUGACCUUGAGUAGACUUUUAGGUCUAAAUUUGAGCAGAGACCACCAGGCAUGGUGAGGACUGGCUAGGUGGGAAUGGUCUAAACAGUACUGUGAAUUCCUCAUCAGAAACCACAGAAACCUUCUACUGAUGGCACAGUAUUUUUUAAAUGUUAAAAGAAAAGAACUGUUAACCCAGAACUCUUCUCUAGUGAGAAUAUCCUUAGUGGAAAGUGAAGAUUUAGAAUGUGAGGCACCAAGGAAAGAUAACAGAAAUAGCAAAAUACUCUUAAGUGGGCUCUGAAAUUUAAGUUUUAUGUAUUGUAAACUCUGGAGAUAAUACUGAACAUAGACAAAGGGGAAAGGCAGAUCAAAUGAAAAGUAAAACCAAUGUUUAAAUUACCCAGAAGAGGACAGAAAAUGGGAAGUAGGAACAACAACCAAAACACAAAUAAUAAACAAAUGUUAAUUAUAGAAUGAUAGUCUUGAAGCCCAAACAUACAAAUAUAUUAAAUGUAAAUGGCAUAAAUAUGCCAACUAAAAGAAAUUGUCAGAAUGGAUUUUUUUAAAUGUCCUAAAUACAUGCUGUUACAAGACAUUUCUCUGAAAUAUGGUAACAGAUGUAGGUUAAAAGUGAAGCUAUAGCCAGGCAUAGUGGCACACACCUGGGAUCCCAGCACUCAGGAGGCUAAAGCAAGAAGAUCAAUGUGAGUUUGAGGACAGCCUGGACUACAUAGUGAGUUCAGAGCCAACCUGUACUACAUAGUGAGUACACUAUAGAAAAUGGUUUACUACACAAAUAGUAAUUAAAAGGAAGGCUUACUAUCAAAUAAAACAGUCUACAGAGCAAAGUACAGGGAGUAGAAAUAGAGAAUGACAAAAGAACAACUUACCAAGACACAGUUCUACAUGGUUAUAGUCCUAAAAAUGACUUCAAAAUACAUGGUGCACAACCUGAAAUGUGAGAUGGGUCUUUAGCUCUUAGGAGAACUAGAACAAAAUUCAGCAAGGAUAUAGAUCUGAAAACCAACAGACUCUCAAUGUAUAGAACAGGCCACCCCAAAAUAUCAAAAUACACAGAUUUUCAAGUCCUGUUGAACAUUUACCAAAACAGAACAAUUGUUGUUUCAUAAAACAAAUGUAAGGAAAUAUAAAUGAACUAAAACUGAAUAAGAAGCAAGAAGACAGCAGGAAAAAAAAAUCCUCUAAAACUUGGAAAUUCAACAAAAAACUUUUAAGUGAUCCUUUGACCACAGAGAAAGCUUCAAGGAAUAUUUUCAAAAUUUCUUAACUAAAUCAAAAUAAAAAUAUAUUUCAGAAUUUGUGGAUUGCUACUAAGGCAGUAUUUAGAUGGAAUCCACAGUAUUAAAUGCCCAAAUUAGAAAAAAAGGUUUCAAAUCAGUCACUGAACUUCCACCUUAAACUAAAAACAAGAACAAAAUAAACUCACAGCAAGCAUACGAAUUCAAAUAGCAGACAUAGUAACAAAUCAAUAAGACUGAAAAUUUUUAAAAAUUGAUGAAUGAAAGAAAAUGAUUCUUCGAUAGUCCUAUUUAGAGAUGGACAAAAAAGUUGCCAAUAGCAAGAAUGGAACAUAACUCUCAGACAUUAAAAGGACCAUAAAAGCUGCUGUGAUCAGUUGCAUACACAUAAAUUCAAGAACUUGUGUCAGAUGGACCAGUUAUUUAAAUACCAUAAACCACCAACUUCACAUAAUAUAAAGUAAAUAGCACUGAGAGCCCUAUAACUAAUGAAUUAAAUACCUGAACAGGAAAUCUCCAAACCCAGAUUACUAAAUUGGUGAAUUCUUCCAAAGCCCUAACAGAUGUAUUAAAUGUAAAUGGUAUAAAUAUGCCAACUAAAAGAAAUUGUCAGAAUGGAAAGAAAACCACUAAUUCUAUACACAGCUGUCCAGAAAGUUAAAAGAGAAGGAAAUACUUUCCAACUUAAUUCUGUUAAGACCAGCUUUGUCCUAAUAAAAUCAGCAUGAGAAAAGAAAACCUCAGACCUGUAUCCGUUGGGAACAUAGACAGCAAGACUCCUCAACGACCCUUUGGGAAAUCACCUGUGCAUCACUUUCUGCUCACCUGCUUGUUGGAGCGCCCGUCACCGGCCUCGCCUGCUUCCGGGAGUUUCUACUUCCGGCCCCGCCUACUUCUGGAACCUUCUUUUUAUACCUGGCUUCCGACUCACUUCAGCUCAGCCUCACUUGGCCGCAGCCUCCGCCAGAGGCCAGAGCUCUGCUGACUACUUCCUGGGCCGCCGGCCAGGUUCGCACUGACCGAGCCACCAUGGACUCUGCCUCGCCGCCGGUCCGCCAGAACUUCCACGCCGAGUGCGAGGCUGCGCUGAACGUGCAGGCCCGGCUGCAGCUCUACGCCGCCUACGUCUACCUGUCCAUGGCUGUCUACUGCGACCGCUCCGACGUGGCCCUGCCGCACCUCGCGCGCGCCUUCCUGCGCCGCGCCCGCCGCUGGCGCCAGCUGGCCGAGCAGCUCCUGCUCCUGCAGACCGAGCGCGGCGGCAGUGUGGUCCUGAGCGACAUCGCGCGGCCUCAAAGCGAUGACUGGCGCGGCGGAGCCCAGGCCGUGGAGUGCGCCUUCCACCUGGAGGACACGCUCCACCAGAGCCUGCUGGAGCUGCACGGGCUGGUGGCUGCCCGGGGCGACCCUCACUUGGGAAGCAUCCUGCAGCGCCGCUACCUGCGGCCCCAGGCCCGCGUGCUGGGAGAGCUGGGUGCGCACCUGAACCGCCUGCGCAGCCUGGGGUCCCACCUGCCUGGUCUGGAGAGCUGCCUGUGUGACGGCCUCAACCUGGAUGAUGACCCUUGCAUCUGAUAGAAAGUUACUUGGUUCAUAAUACAAAGAAAAAAGAAAAAGUCUGGUGAAGCACUCAGAGGAACUUGGACACUUGAAGGCGGAAUAUUUGGGCAUCCUUUCAGCAGUGAUCAGCGUCUUCCACGCGAUGAGAUUUACAGUAUGGGAAGGGUUGGAAGAGGAGGGGACAGAAUUCUUGCCUUCCCAUCGCAGCGCAGGAAGGAGGCGGAAAUGGACACUGCUGUAAUGCACUGUGGUGAAUGUUUUAAUAAAAUAAAAGAUGCACACCGAG